AUGGCGCUUUCAUGGAGCAACCAACCACCCCAAUUGCGGGUCCCAUACGCAAUUCCCCAGCUGGAAGGGGAACGCAUCACCAUCCCCGGCAGCAAAGGCGUUUUCCGCAUCCUCGCGUCCUCCAAGCAGACAAAUGGAUUGAUGGCGGUUUUCCAAAGCGGUGGUGUGCUCUCUGAUGCACCGGGCUUCCACUAUCAUAACCACGCGCAUGAUGUCUUUCUGGUUACGAAGGGGUGUUUGAAGUUGUGGAAUGGGGACAAGUGUCGGUUGAUGGGGCCCGGGGACUUCGCUUAUGUGCCUCCGACGGUGAUCCAUAACCCGGAGAUGCUUGGUCCGCAUACGGAGAUCUUUGGUUUGAUUACACCGGGUGAUUGGGUGGAUUUCUUUCGUUACGUGUCAGAACCGUAUGAGGGGAUCCUUGUUCCUGAGAAUGAUGAGCGGGAUUUGAAGUCCUUGUUGAUUCCUAAAGUCAUGGCUGCGAAAGAGCAGUUCGAUGUCGUUUUUCAGCCUGAUUAUCAACCGCCAGAGGUGGGUGAUUGGACGGAAGAUGAUGAGAAGUUACCAAACGGUCCGCAAGCGUUCUAUUUGCGAGCCAACACUGGGCCGCGAUGGAUUUUUGGGGGUAUCAUGUCUCGUCCGUUUGUUACCACUGCUCAGAGUAGUGGCGUCUGCGCUAUUUCUAGCAUCGAGUCAUCACAGGUCUACGGUCCGACGCUGUUCUCAAAGUACAUGACAUUCGGAUCGGUGGAUCACUGUCUGUGUGUCCAAGAGGGAACAUUAGUCGUCCGUCUCAAGGGAGCCCCCGAUGCUGUGUUCCGGGAGGGCGAGACGGUCGUGAUUCCAGCAGGUCAGGCAUUUGCACUCGACUUUGCCAGUCGAUAUGUCCGGUUCUGGUCAUUUACUGACGGCAAUGGAAUCGAGACACUGGUCCACCUUCUGGGAACGCCAUUCGUGGGCGUUGUAUUACCCGAUCAAGCACCGGCAUGGGAUUCGGCAAAUGUAGAAUCGGUGACAGCAGAACUCGGCGUCACAAUUGAGCUCUAA